UGUGGCGUAGAUAGAAAGAAAGCAAAAAGGAAAAGAUAUUGAAGGUGAAGGUGUAUGCGGACCGCAUGUCCCAACCAUCUCGUGCCGUUCUUAUCUUCUGCAAAGUUAAUGGAAUAGAAUUCGACGAGAUUAGAGUUGAAAUCUCCAAAAGACAGCAGUUAUCUCCCGAAUUUGCAGCUAUCAACCCUUUCAAGAAACUCCCUGCUAUUGUUGAUGGAAGGUUCAAGCUAUUCGAGAGAUUUCGUGGAUGGAGAAGUUUUUGCGGAAGAGAACUGAGAUCACUGCGCCUGUUCUAAUGACACCAG